GACUGGAGAGCUUUCCAGAGAGAAACAGAAGAAGGGGAGAGGCUGUCUGCUCUGGAAGAUAACUUAAGAAUCGUAGACACAAAUGAAAUGGCAAUGAGAGAAGAGCAGGGUGACACAUUUUCGGGGCUCCGAGGGGUCAGAAUAUCAACUCACACCCCCGUGGAAGGUACCGGGGCAGGACGCCCCAGGCCCAAAAACUCACUGGAAUCUCACAGGGGAAGCUGGACAGUUGGGGAUCUCUGAAGAGCCUCUGUGUGUGAAGGCCCCAGGGAAAGACUUGGGCCAACCGCAGCACAGUCUACACUUCUGGGGUCUCUGCUCCCUGCACAGCGAGUCCAUCGUGGCCACUCUCCCGGUGCCCCUGGGCAGCCAUUCACUAGAACCUCACCUUGUGUUGUUUAACGGGGUCUGUAAGGCUGGCCCAGCCCCAGUACUGGACCACGGAUCUCCAGCCCUUCCCCAGCCCCUCCCAGUGCCCCCACCUUUGUACAUCCUCAGCCACAGACUGUCCCUUUCUCUCCUGUCCAUCCUCGGGCUCCUAUGCAACCUCCACACUCUCCCAUACAAUCAUCUGUGCCCCAUGGAAGUCCUCUCCAAACACUGCAGACCAGGACUGUCUCUGAAGUCUUAAGCGGAAGUGGACAUCCUCAAUACCAUUUGUUGCAGAAUCAUCCAGCUAGCUUAUGACGCGUGGUCCCUGAAUGUCAGUAUGAACAUGUCUUUGGUCUUCUAGUUCCCAGCUUUCCCUCGGUCAGCCAGCCUUCACAGGCCUAUGUCUCCAUCCCCAGGACUGGCCAUUUUCAUUUCAACAGUGAACCUCAGAACAACCUGGAGCCCUAUGGACCACACAGCCCCAUCCCAUCAUGGCGCUAUCAGCCCUGCAUUAGGACAGGUGUCCCGGAAGUGGUGAACCCUCAGUCGAAGCCAACAGGAACAUCUCCCCGUGGCUGCAGAUGUGCUAAACCUCAACGCUCCGUACACUGGAGCCAGAACUGCAGUGACAUCAGGACUGGAGAACCGAGCCAGUCAGAGAGUUUCUGUGAGCAGGCUUCAAUGCAGCCUCAGCUGAGAAAAAAUGUAGCCAAGAAUCUCAGCCAAAUUUUAGGAAGGUGCCUCCUAGACAACCCACAAGUGAUCUCGGAGUGUUAUGUCCUGAACAAUCUCAGCGCUGUACCCAAGAAAGAGCAGAAUUGUGCGUGCCACUCCAGGACUGGCUUGGAAUGCCAGCAGUUCAUCAUAAGGAAGAGCUUGGACCAUAGGCAAACGAGAAGCAUUCUUAGGUCACACAUGAACAUAAAGCUCCGGCAGAUCACAAUGGGUCGGAUCCCACUCCAGGUGUGCUGUUCAUGGCUGGCUGAAGAUUUGCCUCCCUGGAAUGCACUGAGAAAUGUUUCCUGCAAUACUACGAUUCCCAGCAUACCUUUUCUCAACCACAAGAUACAGAAGGUACUAGAAACCCAUCUUAUCAGGUUCCGAAUGAGUCAGAAGUGGGACCUCCCCCUCAAAGUCAUCGAAUCCAUAAAAUGCUAUAUGUUGAGAGAAGCUAAAACAUGGCCCCUUCCUCAGUCUGAUUGCCCCUCCCAUUCCAACAGUACUUCUGAGCUGGAUUUGAAAAAUACCUCCCCCCCUCCCCUCAGAGGAAGCUCUAACCUUUUCCAUGAAGACAAGACAGAAAGAGCCUCAGCAAACUCAGCCUCCAUCAUAGACCAACUUCCCCUCUCCAUCCCACAUGUGGACGGCGAGGGAGGGGAGCCCCUCAGACAAUCACACUCCAGCCCUGCUUAUGAGGUUACAGAGACGGUCCAGACAGCCGAGGGAGACAGACCCAGCAAUGUGGACAGCACAAGUCAGGACGAUGCUGAACCACACAGUAGACCUAGACAGGAGCCGCCCGUGAAGGACCAAGUGGCUGAGUCUGAAUCGAAGAAUGAAAUGGCAAGCUCGUCUUCUCACCCAGAAAUCCCCAAAGGCGACCAGAAGGUGGAGAGAAACCCAAUGUACAAGAUAAUACGGAGUAUGCUCAAUGAGAUCCUCAGGGCCCUGGAGGUGAGCACGCUCCUGUUGGGGUCUGCUUCUAGUGGCAAGCUCCACAGAGGGGGAUGA